UCACUGUGUUGUCCCCCCAAAACUGACUCGUCCUCGACCUCCGUCGCCGCAACCCUUCCAUCUUAAACAGCUCCCGUUCACAAACAGGCGAGCGAUGGAUCUCACUGCCUUAGCCUAUCCAUUAUAAAACCUCAAGCCUAUCUCUCCUCCCUUUCUCUUAUGUCGCAAAGACAACCUCGAUUGCAGCUGCAGCAUCAGCAGAGCGAGAACCAGAUCAAAGCUGUGCCAUACGUUCAGUCGUACGACGCCGUGGACUCGAGCCAUCUGUCCAUCGCUCACUCUCCUUUCUCAAACAAUCCUUCAACAGCCAACUGGGCUUAUCAGACGCCCCCACUUUCGUCGUCUUCGUCUGAACCGAACAUUGCGGGAAUACAAAGAAUAACCUUAGCAACACGACCGAACCCAUACCGCGUCAUAGAACAACAGCCUUACCCUUGGAACCUCCCCUCUGCAGCAUCGUCGAGUGCUACGUUGAAUCCAUUAUCGAGUCAAGUCUACCAAGGCUCUGUUUCGGACAGACAUAAGCUGAUCAAUUCCUCUUACUCCAACAGAAGUCGCCUCCAGAGCAGCACGAUAGAUUCGCACGACAUCGAGCACUUCAAAGCCGUUGAGCUCCACAACACAAAAAGUCGCCCAUUCACUCCUUCCACCAUGCGUCAUCGAGAACAAGACAGCGCCAAUGACCUGGCAUCAAUCAAUUCAUCGGCUCGGCCCUCGCUAUCGCAGCAGAUGACGAAGAAGAAGCGUAACUUCUGGCCUUCCUUCCCCCGCAAGUUUCGUUUCCGUCCUGAUGGUGUCGAGCGCCAUCGCAAGGCAGAUUCGGUUGGAAACAAGAAGGCUAAGUUCAGCAACGAGCGUACGAUGAUCCACUGGAUCAAGGCAGCGAUGUUGAUGGGCAGUCUGGCCAUGACCCUGCUCUCGUUUGGCAAGAACAAUAUUACACCGUACAUUGGAUUGGCUCUUUUGAUGACCUGUCUAAUGACAUUGAUCUACACGACGACAACGUUUCAUGUCCGGAUGGAAUGGCUGAAUAUGCGCCGGGACGAUGUCAAUUACUAUGACCGCUUUGCGCCAACCAUCUUGACCAUCAUUUUAAUGAUGACAUUUGCAUUCAACGCAAUAGUUGUCUACACAGGCGACUUUAAGACAAACAAGGAUUUCUUGAAACACAAGUAAUCGAUCUCUGUAGCGGCAUAUAGCAGUAUCUCUUAAAAAUGAAAUUGGGCAUCAUUGCAGUUGAAUCACGUCCCAAGGCCAUGUACUCGGCCAGGA